AUGGCGUCCACCGACCCGCAGGAGCUGGAGAAGCUGCAGGAGCAGAUCCACAAGGGCACGGAGGAGACCAAGACGUACCUGGCCUCGCUCAAGGCCAAGCUGGCCGAGUACGACGCGCAAUACAGCGUCUCGGAGACGGCCUCGUCCUACCUGCAGGCGGCCCUCGAGCGCGCGCACUCGUCCGUGGACGAGCUCAAGGAGCUGGGCGAGUCGCUCAAGGAAAAGUCCAAGAGCACGUCGGCCCCCGUCGUGGACGCGGCCAAGGCCUCGUUCAGUAAGGUGCAGGCGGCGCUCGACGGCCUCAAGGAGCGCGGCCGCAGCUACGACGACCAGUUCCGCGCCAGCGUCACGAGCUCCGUGGACUCGGUGCGUGGCGGCGUGUCGUCGGCCACGAGCUCCGUGUCCACGUCCAUCGAGCACAUCGUGGUGGCCACGCGCGAGCGCAGCACCUCGAGCUUCGAGCAGCUCAAGGAGACGCUCUUCAGCGCGGGCUACGGCGCCUACGUGGUGGCCGGCGGCGUCGUGGGCAAGGCCGAGGAGCUGGACGGCCGCUACGGCGUCGUGGGCACCGUUUCGGGCGUCGUGGGGGCCGUGGCCGGCAAGGUCUCGGACCUGGACCGCGCGCUCGGCGUGUCGGCCACGGCCAUGAAGGUGGACGAGAAGGUGACGGGCGGCCUGAGCACGGACCUCGUGAACCUCGGCGUGGGGCUCGUCAACAGCUCGGUCGAGUACGUGACUGGCGCGCUGCAGCAGGCCAAGAUGGCGGCUACCGAGGAGUCCAAGGAGAAGGCCCCCAAGACGGUCGAGGAAGCGGCGCCCAAAACGGUCUGA